AGGACUUGGCGGCGGCCACGGCCAGGGAGGCGGAGGGAGGGACGGCCUGGCUCCUGAGCCCCCUCCCCUGCUCGCGAGCUCGCGCGGUUUGUGUCUCUCUCCGCAAGUGCGGAGACGCGGAGGAGGAGGAGGAGGGAGUUGGGGGAGGAUCUCCAUUGAAAUAAACAACCAGGCAGCAGUUAUUAACACGGGAACAUGGCGGCCGCAGCCUCAGCCACAGCUUCGGCGGCGAAGGUCAGCGCCGACGGCAGCCGGCACCUGACGGCGUGACCGACCCGAGCCGAUUUCUCUUGGAUUUGGCUACAAAUUUAUAGAUCUUCUGCACUGUGUACAGGCACAGUUGCUGAUAUGUGUUCAAGAUGAGUGGGAUGGGAGAAAACACCUCUGACCCAUCCAGGGCAGAGACAAGGAAGCGCAAGGAAUGUCCUGACCAGCUUGGACCCAGUCCCAAGAGGAGCACUGAGAAACGUAAUCGUGAACAGGAAAAUAAAUAUAUUGAAGAACUUGCAGAGCUGAUUUUUGCAAAUUUUAAUGAUAUAGACAACUUUAACUUCAAACCUGACAAAUGUGCAAUCUUAAAAGAAACUGUGAAGCAAAUUCGUCAGAUCAAAGAACAAGAGAAAGCAGCAGCUGCCAACGUAGAUGAAGUGCAGAAGUCAGACGUGUCGUCGACCGGGCAGGGCGUCAUCGACAAGGAUGCGCUGGGGCCUAUGAUGCUUGAGGCCCUUGAUGGGUUCUUCUUUGUAGUGAACCUGGAAGGCAACGUUGUAUUUGUUUCGGAGAAUGUGACCCAGUACCUAAGGUAUAACCAAGAAGAGCUGAUGAACAAAAGUGUAUAUAGCAUCCUGCAUGUUGGGGACCACACUGAAUUUGUCAAAAACCUGCUGCCAAAGUCUAUAGUGAAUGGGGGAUCCUGGUCUGGCGAACCUCCUCGGCGGAACAGCCAUACCUUCAAUUGUCGGAUGCUGGUAAAACCUUUACCUGAUUCAGAAGAGGAAGGUCACGAUAACCAGGACGCACAUCAGAAAUAUGAAACUAUGCAGUGCUUUGCUGUCUCUCAACCAAAGUCCAUCAAAGAAGAAGGAGAAGAUUUGCAGUCCUGCUUGAUUUGUGUGGCACGAAGAGUUCCUAUGAAGGAAAGACCAGUUCUUCCCUCGUCAGAAAGUUUUACUACUCGCCAAGAUCUCCAAGGCAAGAUCACUUCACUGGAUACUAGCACCAUGAGGGCAGCCAUGAAACCAGGCUGGGAGGACCUGGUGAGAAGGUGCAUUCAGAAGUUCCAUGCACAGCACGAAGGGGAAUCCGUGUCCUAUGCUAAGAGGCAUCAUCAUGAAGUGCUGAGACAAGGAUUGGCGUUCAGUCAAAUCUAUCGUUUUUCCUUGUCCGAUGGCACUCUUGUUGCUGCACAAACGAAGAGCAAACUCAUCCGUUCUCAGACUACUAAUGAACCUCAGCUUGUAAUAUCGUUACAUAUGCUUCACAGAGAGCAGAAUGUGUGUGUCAUGAAUCCGGAUCUGACGGGACAAGCGAUGGGGAAGCCACUGAAUCCGAUUAGCUCUAGCAGCCCUGCCCAUCAGGCCAUGUGCAGUGGGAACCCAGGUCAGGACAUGACCCUCGGUAGCAAUAUAAAUUUUCCCAUCAAUGGCCCAAAGGAACAAAUGGGCAUGCCCAUGGGCAGGUUUGGUGGUUCUGGGGGAAUGAACCAUGUGUCAAGCAUGCAAGCAACCACUCCUCAGGGUAGUAACUAUGCACUCAAAAUGAACAGUCCCUCCCAGAGCAGCCCUGGCAUGAAUCCAGGACAGCCCAACUCCAUGCUUUCACCGCGGCAUCGCAUGAGUCCCGGAGUGGCCGGCAGCCCUCGAAUCCCACCCAGUCAGUUUUCGCCCGCAGGAAGCUUGCAUUCCCCUGUUGGAGUUUGCAGCAGCACAGGAAAUAGCCAUAGCUACACCAACAGUUCCCUCAACGCACUUCAGGCCCUCAGCGAGGGGCACGGGGUCUCACUAGGGUCGUCGCUGGCUUCACCAGACCUAAAACUGGGCAAUUUGCAAAACUCCCCCGUUAAUAUGAAUCCUCCCCCACUCAGCAAGAUGGGGAGCUUAGACUCCAAAGACUGUUUCGGGCUUUAUGGGGAGCCGGCUGAAGGUACGACUGGUCAAGCAGAGAGCACCUGCCGUCCAGGAGAGCAGAAGGAGGCGGACGAUUCCAGCAUGCCCCAGGCUGUGAGCGGUGAGAGAGCUGACGCACAGAAUCGGCUGCAUGACAGCAAAGGACAGACCAAACUCCUGCAGCUGUUGACCACCAAAUCGGACCAGAUGGAGCCCUCGCCCUUACCCAGCUCCCUCUCGGACACAAACAAGGACUCCACAGCGAGCCUGCCUGGUCCUGGCUCGACACAUGGAACCUCGCUCAAGGAGAAGCAUAAGAUUUUGCACAGACUCUUGCAGGACAGCAGCUCCCCUGUGGAUUUGGCUAAGUUAACAGCAGAAGCCACAGGCAAAGAGCUGAGCCAGGAGGCCAACAGCACGGCUUCCGGCUCAGAAGUGACUAUUAAGCAAGAGCCAGUGAGCCCCAAGAAGAAAGAGAAUGCACUACUUCGCUACUUGCUAGAUAAAGAUGAUACUAAAGACAUUGGUUUACCAGAAAUGACCCCCAAACUUGAGCGACUGGACAGUAAGACAGACCCUGCCAGUAACACAAAAUUAAUAGCUAUGAAAACUGAGAAGGAGGAGAUGAGCUUUGAGCCUAGUGAGCAGCCUGGCAGUGAGCUGGACAACUUGGAGGAGAUUUUGGAUGAUUUGCAGAAUAGUCAAUUACCACAGCUUUUCCCAGACACGAGGCCAGGCGCCCCUGCUGGAUCAGUUGACAAGCAAGCCAUCAUCAAUGACCUCAUGCAACUCACAGCUGAAAACAGUCCUGUUACACCUGUUGGAGCCCAGAAAACAGCAUUGCGAAUUUCACAGAGCACUUUUAAUAACCCACGACCAGGGCAACUGGGCAGGUUAUUGCCAAACCAGAAUUUACCACUUGACAUCACAUUGCAAAGCCCAACUGGUGCUGGACCUUUCCCACCAAUCAGAAACAGUAGUCCCUACUCAGUGAUACCUCAGCCAGGAAUGAUGGGUAAUCAAGGGAUGAUAGGAAACCAAGGAAAUUUAGGGAACAGUAGCACAGGAAUGAUGGGUGGUAAUGCUUCCCGGCCCACUAUGCCAUCUGGGGAAUGGGCACCACAGAGUUCUGCCGUGAGAGUCACCUGUGCUGCUCCCACCAGUGCCAUGAACCGGCCAAUCCAAGGAGGUAUGAUUCGGAACCCAACAGCCAGCAUCCCCAUGAGACCCAACAGCCAGCCUGGCCAAAGACAGAUGCUUCAGUCUCAGGUCAUGAAUCUAGGGCCAUCUGAAUUAGAAAUGAACAUGGGGGGACCUCAGUAUAGCCAACAGCAAGCUCCUCCAAAUCAGACUGCCCCGUGGCCUGAAAGCAUCCUGCCUAUAGACCAGGCAUCUUUUGCCAGCCAAAACAGGCAGCCAUUUGGCAGCUCUCCAGAUGACUUGCUGUGUCCACAUCCUGCAGCAGAAUCUCCAAGUGAUGAAGGAGCUCUCCUGGACCAGCUCUAUCUGGCCUUGCGGAAUUUUGAUGGCCUCGAGGAGAUUGACAGAGCUCUCGGAAUACCCGAACUGGUCAGCCAGAGCCAAGCAGUAGAUCCGGAACAGUUCUCAAGUCAGGACUCCAACAUCAUGCUGGAGCAGAAGGCUGCUGUUUUCCCACAGCAGUAUGCGUCCCAGGCACAGAUGGCCCAGGGUAGCUAUCCUCCCAUGCAAGACCCCAGCUUUCAUACCAUGGGCCAGCGGCCUAGCUACGCCACACUCCGCAUGCAGCCCCGGCCAGGCCUCAGGCCCACGGGCCUGGUGCAGAACCAGCCGAAUCAGCUGAGGCUCCAGCUGCAGCAUCGCCUCCAGGCACAGCAGAAUCGCCAGCCACUUAUGAAUCAAAUCAGCAAUGUUUCAAACGUGAACUUGACUCUGAGGCCUGGAGUACCAACACAGGCACCUAUUAAUGCACAGAUGCUGGCCCAAAGACAGAGGGAAAUCCUGAACCAGCAUCUCCGGCAGAGACAAAUGCAUCAGCAGCAGCAAGUUCAGCAGCGAACAUUGAUGAUGAGAGGACAAGGGUUGAAUAUGACCUCGAGCAUGGUGGCUCCUGGUAGCUUACCAGCAACUCUGAGCAAUCCCCGGAUGCCCCAGGCAAAUGCACAACAGUUUCCGUUUCCUCCGAACUACGGAAUAAGUCAGCAACCUGAUCCAGGCUUUACUGGGGCGACAACGCCCCAGAGCCCUCUGAUGUCGCCCAGAAUGGCACAUACCCAGAGCCCCAUGAUGCAGCAGUCUCAGGCUAAUCCAGCCUACCAGGCCUCCUCUGACAUGAAUGGGUGGGCGCAGGGGAAUAUGGGUGGAAACAGCAUGUUUUCACAACAGUCCCCACCACACUUUGGGCAACAAGCAAACACCAGCAUGUACAAUAACAAUAUGAACAUCAAUGUAUCCAUGGCGACCAACACAGGUGGGAUGAGCAACAUGAAUCAGAUGACAGGACAGAUCAGCAUGACCUCAGUGACCUCCGUGCCUACGUCAGGGCUGUCCUCCAUGGGUCCUGAGCAGGUUAAUGAUCCUGCUCUGAGGGGAGGCAACCUUUUCCCAAACCAGCUGCCUGGAAUGGAUAUGAUUAAGCAGGAGGGAGACGCAUCACGGAAAUACUGCUGACACUGAAGGUAGCUGGUUGCUUCUCUCUUCAGCUGACUGGGCUCACUUGCUUAAAACACUUACAGCCUGGAGAGCUGUGUCUAUUUGUUUUGACCCAGUCGACCUGCCAGCCAGUUCUGCCAGAGCCUGGUCAGCAGAUGGACCUGGGCCCCGGCUCCCAGGGUGGGGUCCGCUUGGCUGUUGCAGGAGGGAGCUGCCUCUUCGCUUGACAGUUGGAAGCUCGCGUCCAGACAGUUGCUCAGUCUGUUCACUGCAUUCACCUUAGUGCAACUUAGAUCUCUCCUGCAAAGUAAAUGUUGACAGGCAAAUUUCAUACCCAUGUCGGAUUGAAUGUAUUUAAAUGUAUGUAUUUAAGGAAAACAACCAUGCUCUUGUUCUGUUCCUGUUUGGUUCCAGACACUGGUUUCUUGCUUUGUUUUCCCUGGCUAAUCAGUCUAGUGCAAAAGAUUAAGAUUUCAUCUCGGGGAAAGAACAGAAUUAAGGGGAAAAAAAAAAUCAAACUAAAGGUAUUCUAAGCUAAAGCCUGUAUUUGGGAUAAAAGCAGAGCAGACACCAUGGACAGCGCUGUAUGUACCGAGACACCCAAGAAGUGAAGACCAAUAAAGUCAGAGUUGUAUCUUUGUAGAAGCUCUAGAGACCAUGUUGGAAAGAGUUUCCAGUUACCGAACAGAUGAAAAGGAGCCUGUGAAGGGCUGUUAAUAUUAACAAGUGCUUUUUCCUUUUUUUUUCUUUGUCAAAAUCAAACUAGUUCACCCAAAUUGUGAAUCAAGAGGAAAUAUUGUUCAUUUUCAAACUAAGUUCCCUUUAGAUUGCUCAGACAGUUUUGACUCGUACCUCUUCUUCCCCAUGUGAUCCUGACUCUCUCCCCCCCCACCCUUGGCCUUCCCCACUUCUCCCCCACAUUCAUUCAUCUUGUUAAAAAAAAUGUUAAAAAAGCAACAGAAACCAGGUAAGCCCUUUAUUUCCUUAAAUGUUUUGCCAGCCACUUACCAAUUGCUAACUAUUAAAUUUCAGAAAAAUGCAUUUACUGGCAAGGAGAGGAGCCAAGUCAGGACUUGAUACCAAUCAAACUAAGGAUACCUGCUUUGGAAGUAUGUUUAUUCUGUUCCCCAGCAACACUGGCCUACAAAAACGGGCAAAAAUAACAGUGUGUUUAAAAUUGACAGCAGAUAUCACAACAGAUUUAACCUCCGCCAUGUGUUUUUUAUUUUGUUUUUUAGCAGUGCUGACUAAGCCGAAGUUUUGUAAGGUACAUAAAAUCCAAUUUAUAUGUAAACAAGCAAUAAUUUAAGUUGAGAACUUAAGUGUUUUAAUUGUAUAAUUUUUGUGAGGUAUACAUAUUGUGGAAUUGACUCAAAAAUGAGGUACUUCAGUAUUAAAUUAGAUAUCUUCAUAGCAAUGUCUCCUAAAGGUGUUUUGUAAAGGAUAUCAAUGCCUUGAUUAGACCUAAUUUGUAGACUUAAGACUUUUUAUUUUCUAAACCUUGUGAUUCUGCUCAUAAAUCAUUUAUCUAAUCUAUAUGAUAUGCAGCCGCUGUAGGAACCAAUUCUUGAUUUUUAUAUGUUUAUAUUCUUUCUUAAUGAACCUUAGAAAGACUACAUGUUACUAAGCAGGCCACUUUUAUGGUUCUUUUUCUGGCCCACUCUGGUAGGGGAAUAAUCUUUUAUUAAUUGGCGUCCGUUUCAGACAACCGCAAUACCGAGAAACUGAUGGCCUUUUUUGAGCUAUUUCCCCCCAACCCCUAAUACACAUACUUUCUUACCUAAAUUUCAGAAUGAUGAUGUCUUUUUGAUGUCUAAAAAGCAAAGCAUUUUAUAUCUCAUUAGCCAGGCUUUUUAGGAACAGAGAGGUUUUUCCUUGAAAUUUGAUUGUUUAUUUGUGGCAGGGUGGAAAAUGUACCAACUACCCCUAUUUCUAUUUCUCUCUCUCUCUCUCUCUAUGGGCAAAUUAGGGCAUAUAGAAAGAGAUACAGCCCAAAGAUAAAUGGUUAAGUAGACAGUCUGAAAGUGAUGCUCCAUACUAAAGAAAUUUUCUGGAAAUUUGCAUUUCGAUACUUUGUUCCACUUGAGAGGGGUCUCACUACAGGGAGGUGGCCAAGGAACAGCACUUCUCGGCGGCCACCAGUUCACGUUGUCCCCUCGAGAGGCUCUACUCGUCUCCACCGAACCACUGGGUUGCCCAGUUGAGAUGGAAAAAAAUGAGCAGAUGUUGGCCCGGAACUCCAUGACCUCAUCGGUGUGAUGAGGCUCACAUGACACAGUUUACUGUGACCGGUUUUAAGUUGAUUUUUAGAAAUACGUGAAUCGGAAUGACUUCAACUUCACACAGCACAAAGGAGAAAUGGAGUUUAAACUGGCUUUGUUUUGUUUUUAAGUCCCUUUUCACUAGAACACUGUCCAAAAAAUCUGUGUAUCUUGUAUCGUUUACCCAUCUGCCCACUGUGUCUUAAUGUCCAUCCCAAUUCAGACAAAUCUGCAAACCUGUGAUACUGGUAAUUUAGAAUAAUUCAUGAUUAUUACUGUUUUGAAGGAAAAGAGAUGGUAAAUUCUCUUAUGGCUCAGACCAGGUAGUGGAUUUUGCUUUACAUCUAAUUAAAAGUCAGUGAAGGAAUCCUCUGAUCAUAUUGAUCACUAUAGAAGCAAAAGCCAAAUCAAUCCCCUUCAUUAUCAGUAUUUCUCAUGCUGUAAACAAUAAAUUUGUUAGACUGAGUACUUGGUUUUGUUUAAUAGAACAAAAUAAUCAGUGUUUUACUUAUAUUACUAAAUGUGAAAAACACAUAAUGUGAAAAGUAUACAUACAUUAACUUGGUUGUAAAACUCAUUUAAGUGUUCAUGUAAUGUGCUAAGUUUAAAAAGUGAAGUGAGCUGUUUUACUACAAUGAAUUCGUUCGACUCAAAGACUAAAAAUGCCCCUCCCACGUGUAUCUCUUAAGGCCUGUAAUAACUGAAAGCAAUGUUUUUGCAGUUUAUAUAAUGCAAUUUUUAAUCUGUGUUUAAAACUGGAGUUCAUAUGGGCUUAACACAUGAAAUGGGUGGCACAGAUCCACUUGCAGAACCCAAAGAUACACAAUCAAUUUUGAAAUGCAACUUAAGCCAUUAAUUGUUGGUGUGAAUUUAAAAUUUUCUAGUAUUUGUAUGGUAGUAUGCUGCCUAAGAGCAAAGCAUUCUCUGCACAAAAGAAAAUUACUGUAGUGGCUUCGAUUUUAAUUAGAAUUUUCUCCCUGGUGUUUCUUUAUAGACUAAAACAAAAUCUUUUAAGUUUCUUACUACAGGUAAAAGCUAUGUGCAAGAACCUCAAAAUGCUAAAAUCUAGCAUAAUGCCUUAGAUCUGUUUUUAAGUCUUGUAUAUUCCUACAUAGCUGUCCAAUGUAUUAUAUUUGUAUAGUGAAUUGUGUACAAUUUUUGAAUAAGUGCAUCAUCACUUAAACCUUUAUGUUGUUGAAUAGUGAUGAUGAUACAUUUCUUCAAACAUUUAACUGUCAUUUUUGUUCCUUUGUCAUUUGUGGGUUUUAUUUGUACAGUUCCUCAUGAAGUUGCAUCUGAGAUGUGUGUAUAUGAAAAGAUUAUACAAGGGUAAAAUUAAGCAAUAUAUUAACUAUGGUUCUUCAGGAGAAAGCUUACAGUGUUUCAGGUUGUGAUUUAUUUUCAAAAUGGAGUUGACUCUGAACAUCACUUUGUUCACCUGCAUUGAUGUUUGUAUUUCUAGUGUGAGCAGUUUAUGCAAAGGUAGAUAUAUUCAGAGAAAUUUUAAAUACAUUUAUGCAAGUUAAUAUUGCUUUGCUGAUGCUAUUUGCUUAUUUGAUGUUAAAUAAUGCUAUUGUAAAUAAAGAAUUCUGUUGUUAUUGCAUCAUUUAAUAAAUUUUAAUGCCUUCGGGUUUUACAUGG